UCGAAAGGAGAAUCAUUUUCUUGGAUAAAUACCCCUUAUUAUAUACUCCUACAACUUCCGUAUUAAUCUUUUCCUGUGUUUAUUCUGUGCCAUGAAUUUCGAGAAUCACGGAAAAGAUGCAAUACGGUCCACUAUCAGUACUGCCAUAAACAAUAAAGAAGCAGCUGCAAGUUAGCCUCAAAUGAUGAGAUGGGAUGGAGAGAGAAGAAGAAGAAGAAAAAAAAAACAAUUUUGUAAUCUAGGCAGAGGAUGAUGAUGAUGAUGAGAAAAAGGGUGAAAGCUCAAAAAAGGGGAGAGCAGUGUGGGGAAGGGCCAGCAGAAAAGCAAGGAAAUUUGGGGGAAAAGUUGAAGAAAGUUGGGAAAAGAGGGGGUCACUCCACUCCAAUCAUACCCUUUUGGAGGCUCUACAAACAUCAAGAUCAAGAACCUCAUACUACUUUUGUAUCUUCAAGAAAACUUGGUGCCACCCUUUGGGAGCUCCAUCACUAUAAGCUGCCUCUUUCUAAAAUGCAACAGGGUGUGGGUGUGGGUGUUCCCCUUGCAAGGCUUCGCCACCGCCACCGCCACCGCCAUGAGGAGGAGAACACAGAGCUUGAUCCUCCCCCUGAUCCUUCUCCAAUUUUGCCUGAACUGCCAGAAAGCGCGGGCAGUUUGAGGAGGCAUCUUGUUGCGUCACUAAUGCAGCAUCAUCGGCCCGUUGAAAGGAGUAGCCAUGCCAUACAACCCGUAUCUCCUGCAAGUUACAACAGCUCAAUGGAGGUAGCCCCUUACAACCCCGCAAUUACUCCUUCGAGUUCUGUAGAUUUCAAGGGGAGAAUUGGGGAGGGUGGUUAUAGCCUCAGAACAUCAACGGAACUGCUUAAGGUGUUGAAUCGAAUCUGGAGCCUGGAAGAGCAACACGUAUCCAACAUGACACUUGUGAGGAAAUUAAAGAAAGAGCUCGGCCAUGCUCAUAUGCGUAUCAAAGAGUUGUUGCAAGAGCAGCAAGCUGAUCGACGGGGAGUGGAUGAAUUAAUGAAGCAGAUUACUGAAGACAAACUGGUUAGGAAAGGCAAGGAACAAGACCGAAUAAAUGCUGCUGUGCAGUCUGCCAGGGAUGAGCUGGAUGACGAAAGGAAGCUAAGGAAACGCUCGGAGAGCUUGCAUCGCAAAUUAGCUCGUGAACUUUUGGAAGUCAAAACAUCUUUUGCUAAUGCUGUGAAAGAGUUGGAAAGGGAGAGAAAAUCUCGUAAACUUUUGGAAGACCUUUGCGAUGAGUUUGCGUGGGGAAUUAGCGACUAUGAACAAGAAUUGCAUUCUCUGAGACAGAAAUCUGACAAGGAAUGGACGGGAAGGACCAAUGAUGAUAGGCUGAUUCUUCAUAUAUCAGAAUCAUGGCUUGACGAAAGGAUGCAGAUGAAACUACAACUACAGCGUGGUGGAGGAGAAGAAAAUCCUACAGUGGAAAAACUAAGCUCCGAAAUAGAGGAAUUUCUUCAAAUUAAAAGGGCUGGAAUCAAGAGCAAUCCCCACUUGGAGGAUCCCACCUACCGUAGAAGUUCUCUAGAAUCCAUCCCUCUGAAUGUUGCUGUUAGUGCUCCUCAAGACGAGGGUGAUGAAGAUAUUUCUGUAGGUAGUGAUUCACAUUGUUUUGAGUUACGCAAAGCAAGUGCUGUUGACUCAAAAUCCCCGGAAAAUGAAGCCAAGGGCCAUGACACCGAAGAGAUUGUGAAGGCAGACUAUACAAUGCAAAAAUUUGGAUCUCAUGAAAGGGCCAAGGGUCGCAGUCCAUCCAAUAUGCAGGUGAAGUUUCAAGAAAAGAUGGCACAAGCGACACUAGUAAGUAAAGGCGGGGACCAUGUUCAAGAUUUGGAACAAGGGAAAACAAUUCGAGAGAGUUUAGCUGAAAUAAGCAGUUCAAAGAAACCUGAUAGAUGCAAGAAAACAGAAGAAGGUAGUUCUGAAAAAAAGAGUAAACCCCAUGCAACUCCUGGACUAAACUCAAACUAUAGCAUCGAUGACUUAAUACGAAGCCACUAUUUCUUGUCAGAAUGUGGAAUAAUGCCUCCUGAAAAUGAGUACGGUGCGGCUUCUUUUGGUAAUUCCAACUGGAGCAGUCGUGCUAGUCCAGUACGGCAAUGGACAGAGAAACUCCCGUCAUGUGAUAAUGAAUUCGAGUCCUCUUCAAAAUUUCCUCCAGAUUCGAAAGAGCAUACUUUGAAGGCAAAGCUAUUGGAUGCGAAGCAACGGGGUCAACAAUCACGUUCCCGUCCAAAAGGUUCAAAAAUUUCAUCUUAGGGUUGAAUGUUUUGUAGAUUGAGCAAUAUAUAAAUCUGCAUCCAGCUCAGAGGCUGGAGUUGUGUGAAUAUUAGAUAAGGUACUCUCUGCAGUUCAGUGUGUUAUUCUUAAGUUAAAUGUGUAAAUCAUGUAACACAUGCUGACAUGGAGAGUUAGGUUUGCCUGUUCACAUAUGAAAUAUAUCAUAAAAUUUCCUUAA